AUGGCUCAGGACAUGCAGGUCUUCCUCUUUGGAGACCAAACAUAUGAUCUCGUACCUGAUCUUCGACAGCUACUACGCUGCAAUACAAAGCCAAUUCUCAGUGCCUUUUUGGAACAAUCUCACUAUGUGAUCCGAGCCCAAUCUGCUACUUGGCUGUCUCCGGAGGAGCAACAGAGGUCGAGAAGUUCGAACCUCGCCCAUCUUUUGCAGAAGUAUUCCGACGGUGAUUUAAACCCUGCAUUCCAGGUGGCUCUGCAUUCAUUGACGCAGCUGGCCUGCUUUAUUAAUCAUUAUGAGGAGCCCGGACGUCCGUAUCCAAGCCCUGGCCGAAAAUAUGUUGUCGGCCUCUGCACUGGUGCUUUGGCGGCAGCCGCUAUCAGUUCCUCCAGCUCUCUUUCCGAACUACUACCCGCAGCAGUCCACACAGUCCAAGUUGCCCUGCGCCUCGGCUUGCUCGCUAAUGACAUGAAAGACCGUAUCGAAACACCCACGCAAGAGUCUCCUCGAGAGUGGUCCGCCGCGUUCUUUGACAUGACUGAAGCCGCAGCUGUGUCCGCUCUUGUAGAGUUUGAUAGCGUAACGCCGGUCCCGUGCAAGCUACGCCCGUGGAUUGGAGCGACAUCUUCAAAGGCGAUUACAAUUAGUGGUCCGCCGUCUGUUCUGCGACGUCUCAUUAAAGGUCGGGCUCUUGGACAAUAUAAAUCCAGAACUCUCCCCAUCUUCCUUCCCUCCCAUACUCCUCAACUAUUUUCCAUCCAGGAUGUGGAAAAAGUUCUUGAAGCCACAAAUCCCGUAACAUGGUCUAGAUAUAACGCUAAAUUGCCUGUGCUAUCGGGCGCCACGGGGAAGUCCGACUGGGGAGGCAGCUUUGUGUCCCUUCUCCACCGAGCAGUGCGUGAAUGCCUCAUGGAGCCUGUUCGAUGGGACGGGGUGUCCGACAGCGUGACCAAGAUCGCUCGAUCGCUAGAAGUAAAGUGCGUGGCUGUCACUCCGGUUGGAACGAAUCUCGAACACAGCAUGUCAUCUUCUCUGAAAGAUAUUACAAAGGUACAGAUCGAGCCGCUCAAAAGCUCAGACUCACCCUUAUUCGACACCGUACCCGUGGGAAAGGCAAAGCUGGCCAUUGUCGGGAUGUCUGGUCGCUUCCCGGAAGCCCCAACUCCGGAAGCAUUUUGGGAUCUUCUGUAUGAGGGCUUGGAUGUCUGUAAAGAAGUCCCGGCCAAGCGAUGGGAUUGGCGCACUCACGUUACUCCAGACGGCAAAGGCCAUAAUCUAGGGGGUUCAAAGUGGGGAUGUUGGCUCGAUUACGCGGACCAGUUUGAUCCCCGUUUUUUCAGCAUUUCCCCGAAGGAAGCGCCCCAGAUGGACCCUGCGCAACGUAUGGCACUAAUGACUACAUGGGAGGCUCUCGAACAGUCUGGAUUCGUAUCCAAUACUACCCCUUCGACCCAGAAUGAUCGAGUCGGAGUAUUCCAUGGCGUUACCAGUAAUGAUUACUUGGAAUGCAAUAGCGGCCAGUACAUUGACACGUAUUUCAUCACUGGCGGCAAUCGUGGAUUUAUCCCUGGCAGAAUCAACUUUUGCUUUGAAUUCUGUGGACCCAGUUACACGAACGACACGGCAUGUUCUUCGAGCUUGGCUGCUAUUCAUCUAGCCUGUAACUCCCUUUGGCGAGGAGACUGCGAUACAGCCGUUGCGGGAGGGACUAACAUGUGCAUCAAUCCAGACGGGCACACAGGUUUAGAUAAAGGAUUUUUCCUGUCCCGAACAGGCAACUGCAAACCGUUUGAUGACCAGGCAGAUGGAUACUGCCGCGGUGAAGGGGUAGCGACUGUGAUUAUCAAGCGGUUGGAUGACGCGAUUGCCGAGAACGACCCAAUCUUAGCCGUCAUUCUUGAUGCCAAAACGAACCACUCAGCGCUGUCGGAGUCAAUGACGCGACCCCAUGUGGGAGCACAGGUUGAGAACAUGCGUGCGGUGCUCAACACUUCAGGGCUAGAUCCAAGGGAGCUGAGCUACGUUGAAAUGCAUGGGACAGGGACCCAAGUCGGCGAUGCGGUUGAAAUGCAAUCUGUUCUGAAUGUCUUCGCUCCUGACAACGAGUUCCGAGGGCGCGACAAGCCUUUGUAUGUGGGAUCUGCAAAAGCAAACGUUGGGCACGGGGAGGGAGUGUCUGGGAUUACGAGUCUGGCUAAAGUGCUUUUGAUGAUGAAGCAUGACACCAUCCCACCCCAUUGUGGAAUCAAGCCUGGUAGCAGGAUCAAUCGCAACUACCCAGACCUGAAAGCCCGAAAUGUGCAUAUUGCUUCCGAACCUGUGCCUUGGACUCGGGGUUCUGAGCCACGCCGAGUCUUGAUCAAUAACUUCAGUGCGGCGGGAGGCAACACUGCUCUUCUCCUUGAAGAUGCGCCCCUAAAACCUGUGCUAGCUGACAAAGACCCUCGCAGCAGCCACAUUGUGACGGUCUCCGGACAUGUUGUUGCUUCCCUAAAGGAGAAUGCCCAACGGUUAAUCGACUUUAUUGGGAAGAGCGGGUCAAAUGAGUACUCACUCUCCCAGCUUUCCUGGACCACAACCGCAAGACGCGCUCAUCACCUGUUCAAAAUUGCAGUGGCUGGUUCCACCCCAAUGGAGGUCAGGCAACGUCUGCAGGAAGCCCUCGCUAGCGGGGACGGAACUACAAGGCCUAAGAAUAAACCCAAAAUACUAUUUGCGUUCACUGGGCAGGGCUCUCAAUACAUCGGCAUGGCAAAAAGUCUAUUCCAUGCCUUCCCGAGUUUCCGAUCAGAUAUCUGCAAUUUUGACCGACUAGCUCACCAUACCAUGGGCUUUCCUUCGUUUCUCCAUAUUAUCACAUCGAACACUGGAGACAUGAAUGACCAGUCACCGGUAGUGGUUCAGCUUGCAAUUGUAUCAUUGGAAAUUGCUCUUGCACGGCUUUUGCAGUCUCUUGGGGUGGUUCCCAGUGCCGUUGUUGGCCAUAGCUUGGGAGAGUAUGCCGCACUCCACAUCGCAGGUGUCAUGACUCUGUUUGAUACUCUGUAUUUGGUUGGCCGCCGAGCCGAGUUCAUUCAGGAGCUAUGCGAUCGUGGAACUCAGGCGAUGCUUGCAAUUAAAGCCUCACAUUCAACUAUCAGAAAACUCCUCAACGGCAAAGCGUACGAGGUUGCAUGCGUUAAUGGGCCCGAGGAUACCGUCAUUAGCGCAGCCAAUGAUGUAAUUGAUGGUGCCAAAGCGGUGCUCAAUCACAAUGGUAUUAAGAGCACGGUUCUGCAGACGCCUUUUGCAUUCCAUUCCGCCCAGGUUGCACCUAUUAUGGACCUCUACACCAAAACAGCGGAAGGUGUUACCUUUCACAAGCCAUCUGUACCGGUACUAUGUCCGCUCACCGGCAAGGUGGUCCAAGAAGAAGGGGUGUUCAGUGCCCAUUAUCUGGUUCGCCAUCUCCGUGAACCGGUGAAUAUGGCAGCUGCUCUUGGGACUGCCUAUGAAUCUCGGGUAUUAGAUGACAGUACUUUCACUAUCGAGAUAGGCCCUCAUCCUGUUGUGUGUGGUAUGGUUAAAGCGACCCUCGGGUCUCAGAUGCCAACAUUAGCCAUACUCUCACGUGGAAAGGAUGUAUGGCCAUUGAUGACUGAAGCUCUGGCAGCACUUUACAGGCAAGGGUAUAACAUCAUAUGGGGGGUCUAUCAUGCUCCUUUCAAAUCCUCCCAUCGGGUUGUCGAACUUCCAGCCUAUGGAUGGGAUUUGAAGGAAUAUUGGAUUCCAUACGAGAACGACUGGUGCAUAUAUAAGCCGUACGGCCGACCCGGUUAUGCUGGCCAUAAAGCUCAGUCCGGCAAUCCAAUCGUACUUGUGGAUGAGCCGCAGUCAAAGACUCUCCCCGCUCCGUCUGUGUCCAUACGGAAACCUCAGACAACAACAAUACAGACAAUGAUUUCCGAAGAUAUUCAUAAUACAGGAGCUACUCUAGUGUAUGAGAUGGACUUGAACCGACCUGAUGCAAGCAAUGUUGCUGGUGGUCACAUUGUUAGCAACAUUCCAUUCACCACGCCAUCCGUCUUUGCAGAUAUGGCAUUUGUGCUUGGGAAAUAUGUUGUGGAACGCUUCUUCAAGCGUCCCACCGUCAUUGAUGUGGCCAAUAUUGUGGCAGACAAGGUCUUGAUCCCGCGCGGGAAUGGACCCCAACCUAUCCGGGUGUCAAUGACAAUGACAUGGGAACCGGGUCAACCGCAGACUUUGCAAGCAGCGCAAUGCGAAUUUUACAGUGUAGAUGCCAAGGGAAAAACGACAGCUCGACACUCGUGGUGCACUGUCUACUUCCAUGAUGGUACCCAAAGAAAGAAGCUUGCCAGUGAAGUUCCACUUAUCCUAUCCAGAAUCCAACGCCUCCGCGAUGGCGUAGACAAUGGACAGUUUGUGAGAUACAAUCGAGCAAGCGGGUACAGACUGAUGAGUUCUGUUGCACACUUCCACCCAGACUACAAAGUUUUAGAUGAUAUGGUUAUGGAUGAUGAGACGCUCGAGGCGACCUGCACGCUCAAUUUCGGAUUGCUUUCAUCCGGAGGGUGCUUCGCAGCACAUCCUGCAUUCGUUGAUUGCAUGACACAGUUGGGUGGAUUUACUGUCAAUGCACAAGAGAGCCUAGACUUAUCUGCCGAGGUCUACAUUAGCCAUGGAUGGGACUCACUCCAAAUCUACGACAGCUUUAAGGCUGAAAGAAAGUAUCAACUUUACGCCCAGAUGAAGCGGGACGGAAGCGAGUUCUACCACGGCGAUACCUGCCUUCUAGAUGGAAGCACCAUUAUAGCGUACUUCAAGAAUGUCACAGUCCGACGAGUCUCGAGGAAAAUCCACCGCGCCGUUAUGCAGACUCUCGUGCAGCGUAAUACCAAUGCAGCAGCAUCAAAGGGUUCGGCUGACCACAAGGCUGCUGUUCAUAGCCCCCCUGUGCCGAAAAAGCCCAUUGCGGUUUCUGCAUCGAAGGCCCUGCCAGCGGUGCCAUCACCUACGCCCAAAAAGGCUGCUGAGUUGUCCGCGCCAAAGGCCAUGCCAGCAGCUGCUCCAUUGCCUGUACCAUUAGUGGCCAAGACAAGAAAUAAAAAACCUGCGCCACAAGAUACCAUUUCAGAACCCCAGAAGAAGGCAAGAAAUGUUCCAACAGAGCAGAGAACCAUUUCAGCGGGUGGCGCCCGUGCGAAGCAGAAGAUCGCGGAGUGUCUGCAGGUAAUUGCAGAAGAAAGUGGCAUCGCUGUGGACGAUCUUACCGACGAUAGCAACUUUGCCGAUAUCGGUGUCGACUCACUGUUGUCAAUGGUCAUUGCCAGCCGCUUCCGUGAAAACCUCGGUCUAGACCUCGAUGCCAACUUUGCAUUAUUCGCUGAAUGCCCCACGGUCAAGAAACUCAAGGAAUUCAUUGCAAAUUUCCUUGGUGAGCCCUUGGAAACACAAGCGUCACAGCUGCGGGACGAUAAUGAUGAGCGGCUGCAGGAGAUUCCACCACCGGAUACGAAGGCAAUGCUAGAUACUAGCUAUAGUACGCCGCUGGAACCGAUUCCCGCAGAGUCCUCAUCCAGCGCUCCAUCCACGGGCCAUACAUCUGAAACAUUGGUUGAAAUGCCCUCGUUCAUCAAGGAGGACGAUUCUUUUUUAGGAGUUCGAGCCGGCGGAAUAUGCUCCGCUGGUUUAGCGAUCGUGUCCGAAGAAAGCGGCAUCGCAAUUUCCGACCUUACUGACGAAACAAACUUUGCGGACAUUGGAGUAGACUCCCUUUUAUCCAUGGUCAUUGGCAGUCGGUUCCGUGAGGAGCUCGGUUUGGACUUGGGUGCUGACUUCUCCAUUUUUGUGAAUUGCCCUACAGUGAAGAAGCUCAAGGUAUUUUUAAAUAGCCACGAUGCAUCCAGCGAAGAUGAUGGAUCGUCAGAUGAUGCGUUUGGCUCGUCUACUUCUGUAUCAAGCAUGGAGGAAUAUGCCGAUACCAAGAAAGCGGAGUUCACUCAGUUGCUCGACGACGACUGCCGACCAGCAACAUCCGUUAUCCUUCAGGGUAUUCCGAAAUUGGCCCGCAAGACUCUUUUCUUACUCCCAGACGGAAGUGGCUCAGCAUCGUCAUACGUGCCAAUUCCAAAGCUUAAUAGGGAUGUUGCUAUUGUCGGUCUCAACUGCCCUUAUGUCCGCGACCCCGAGAACAUGAACUGCACUCACACCGCCCUUCUAUCAAGCUACUACAACGAAAUCCGACGACGGCAACCCAAGGGCCCCUACCACCUAGGCGGCUGGUCCGCUGGUGGAGGUUUUGCCUUCGCAUGCGCCGAGCUCCUUAUCCGCGACGGUGAGGAGGUGCAGAGCUUGAUCAUUAUCGACUCUCCUCUCCCCCAACAGAUGGAGACCCUUCCUGUCGAAUUUUAUGAGCACUGUGCUACUCUUGGAUUGUACGGUAAUGAGAAACCCCCCAGCUAUCUCAUUCCUCAUUUCCUUCGCACCCUGGAGACCAUGCUUCCGUACCAGGCAACACCUUUGAAAACCAGAAGGUUGCCUAAGGUUGGAAUCCUGUGGGCCUGCGAGACGGUUAUGGAUGCUGCCGGCGCGCCUGAUAUUGGCGAGAGAAACCAUUUCAUGCUGCGACGGAGGCAGGAUUUUGGGCCCGAUGGAUGGGACACAGUCCUCCCAGGGGCGGAAUUUGUGCUAGGCAAAGCUGUCGGCGCGAAUCACUUUACAAUGAUGCAAAAGGAUCAUAACCAACAUAUUGCACGAUUGAUUGAGAAAGUCGUAGGUUAGUGUUAAGAACAUUACUUUGUAUUGAGAAUAGAUAUUAGGUUUAAUUUAUUCCGUGUACUUUGUAC